UCACUCAGUCCGGACUUAAACCCAAUAGAACACUUGUGGGAUGAAAUCCAAAGACGACUUAACCAGAUCCAACCGCUUCCAAGAAAUGCGGCAGAACUCAGUGUAACUUUCCUACGAGUCUGGGCGCAGAUUCCAAAGGCGUCUGUAAAUCGUUUGUGCCACUCCAUGUACAGAAGAUACCGGGCCGUUAUCAUCGUUAUCCAUGAUUUUGUUAUGUAG